UGUGACGUCGUAUGCGUGCUUUACGCCGGUCCGUGCGUGCCUCAGUUCGCUCUGACUCCGCGGUGAAGCCGCUGCAUUUCUUCUUCUGCGGCAGAGAAAUGAGAUGUGGAGCCGCGGAACCGGAGCCUGCGACCUGGAUCAGCCCAGAAUCACAAGCAGAACCGGAGCCGGACCCUGGACAGUUGCACCCCGUAGCACGGCUCGGCUCGGCUCACAGACGGCAUGACAGCGGCGGCGGCGCAGCUCCGGUAGUCCGCUGAAGCAGCAGUUAGCCGCGCAGCUAACGCGAUGAACGCGGACGGCGGAGGCGGAACCAUCCGCAGCCGCAUCAAGAACCUGCUCCGGUCCCCGUCAAUCAAAUUGAGGAGGCGGAGCGGCGCCGCGCGGCACAAAGAGGACCUGAGCGACAAGGUGACGCUGGAGAAGGUUCUGGGGAUCACGGCUGCAGGAAACCGGGCCCUGGCCUCGGACCCUCGGACCGGACUGGUGGCAUACCCUGCAGGGUGUGUCGUCGUCCUUCUGAAUCCACGGAAAAACAAACAGCAUCACAUCUUCAACAGCUCCAGGAAAGCCAUUACGACGCUGGCCUUUUCUCCAGACGGAAAAUAUGUGGUUACAGGGGAGAGCGGACACAUGCCGGCGGUCCGGGUCUGGGACUGGUCAGAGCGUCUCCAGGUGUCAGAGCUGCAGGAGCAUAAGUACGGCGUGGCCUGUGUGGCCUUUUCACCCAAUGGGAAGUACAUCGUCAGCGUUGGAUACCAGCACGACAUGAUGGUCAACGUCUGGAAUUGGAAGAAAAACGUGGUCGUGGCGGCGAACAAGGUGUCAAGUAAAGUGACCGCCGUCUCCUUCUCCGACGACAGCUCCUACUUCGUAACCGCGGGAAACCGCCACGUCAAGUUCUGGUACCUGGACCACGCCAAGACCUCAAAGGUGAACGCCACCGUGCCGCUCCUGGGGCGUUCAGGGCUGCUGGGAGAACUCAGGAACAACUUCUUCAGUGACGUGGCAUGUGGGCGGGGCCGACAGGCGUCCUCCACCUUCUGCAUCACCUCCUCCGGUCUGCUGUGCGAGUUCAAUGACCGCCGCCUCCUCGACAAAUGGGUGGAGCUACGGAGACUUGACUCCACCUCCGCAUCCCAGGCCACCUGUCUGUCCGUCACUGAGGAGCUGAUCUUCUGUGGUUGCUCAGAUGGGACGGUCCGCGCCUUCAGCCCCGUCAACCUGCACUUUCUGUGCACUUUGCCCCGCCCACACUGUCUGGGGACGGACAUCGCCAACAUGGUGGACGCCAGUCAGCUGUUCUGCUGCCGGUCCGAGGCCCGUUACCCGGAUACGGUGGCCGUGACCUACGACCCCUCCAACCACUGGCUGUCGUGUGUCUACAACGACCACAGCAUUUACGUGUGGGACGUCCACGACCUCCGCGACCCCCGGAGGGCGGGGAAACUGUACUCUGCGCUGUACCACUCGUCAUGUGUGUGGAGCCUGGAGGUUUAUCCAGAGGAACCAGGAGGAGAACCACGUCUGCCCUGCGGUUCCUUCCUCAGCUGUUCCUCUGACAACACCAUCCGCCUGUGGAACAUGGACGGGCAUGGCGUCCUCAAACGCAACAUCCUGAGCCACGACCUGCAGAAGGUCAUCUACGUGGACGACAACGUCACGACCCUCCUGGACGUUGAGUCGGUCGCUGUCUCCGGGGGCAACGCAGAGAAGGCGGUGCCGUUGGGUUCGGAGGGGCAGCAGGCCGACCCGUCCCGACCCGGAAUCCGGACCCUGAAGGUCAGCCCCGACGGACAGCACCUGGCCUCCGGAGACCGCACGGGGGUCCUGAGGGUCCACGACCUGGACUCUAUGGAGGAGAUCCUGAACGUCCAGGCCCACGACUCCGAGAUCCUGUGUCUGGAGUUCUCCAAACUGGACACAGGUCUGGGUCUGUUGGCCUCAGCCAGUCGGGACCGUCUGAUCCACGUGCUGGACGCUCAGAGGGACUACAGUCUGGUUCAGACGCUAGAUGAACACUCGUCGUCCAUCACCGCUGUCCGCUUCGCCGCCAACGAAGGCAAAGUGAGGAUGAUCAGCUGUGGAGCCGACAAGAGCGUGUACUUCAGAACAGCCCAGCAGACCGCUGACGGCCUUCAGUUCACCCGAACGCAUCACGCCGUCAGGAAGACCACACUCUACGACAUGGACGUGGAACCAACCCGGAAGUACGCGGCAGUGGGCUGUCAGGACCGCAGCAUCAGGAUCUUCAACAUCAGUAAUGGGAAACAGAAGAAGGUCUACAAAGGUUCUCAGGGUGAAGAUGGAACCCUCAUAAAGGUUCAGAUUGAUCCUUCUGGUCUCUUCAUUGCCUCCUCCUGUUCAGAUAAGAACAUCAGUAUAUUUGAUUUCUACUCCGGUGAAUGCGUCGCCUCCAUGUUUGGACACUCAGAGAUUGUCACAGGUCUGAAGUUCAGCAGCGACUGUCGUCACCUGAUCAGCGUGUCCGGAGACAGUUGUAUCUUCGUCUGGCGUCUCAGUCCAGAGCUGACCAUCAGGAUGAGGCAGCGGCUCGCCGACCUCCGACCUCCGUCCGGCGUCACACCACACUCCCAGAAUGCACCUCAGCCCAGAGUCAGCGAAGCGUCAUCGCCUCGAGUCGUCGUCAUGUCGUCUGACAGCGACAAAGACGAGGAAGAGGAGGAGGAGCUCGUCUGUCCUUAUACAGUCACGGCAGGAAGCCUGGAGGAAGAGGCGGGGACAGGAAUAUGUGAUGAAAAGGAUGAGAGUCUGGACGGCAGGAAGGAGUCGGGAGGUCGACUGCCUCGUCGUCGCUGGUCCAGGAGGACCUGCAGCGCAGAUAGCGUCCUAAUGGUCAAGUCCAUGUUGGACCUCCGACUCCUGGACUCAUACUGUGCUGACAAACCGGAGGAACAUCACGAAGAGGACGAGGUGAAGCCACGCCCCUCUGAGGGUAAGACGUCCCCCUGCAGCUCCAGAGGGAGGGGCCAGGCCAUGGAGGCAGAACUGCACAAGACCACUCGGGAGCUGGGGAGCACUGUGAGUCUGCAGGUCACCACAGGAUGGGUUGAUGACGAUGAGACGAGGACCAAUGAGAGGCCAGGCUUCAUCCUGCUAUCCAAUCAGAGCCCAGAACGGGAGAAUCCUGUCCUGUAUCCUGACCAAUGGGAGGACAGAGUGAGCCUGGCAGGAUGUGAGUUCCAGGUGAAGGAAGUGCGUCCAUCUGUGUCAGGUGAUCAACAGGACAAACCAAGUCCCGACAGCGGCUGCUCUCUGGGCUUCAACUCCAGACUGUCCAGUCCAGACCGACGUCCAGCAGGAGACGACUCUGAGCUUCUCAGUGUGGAUGGAAACUCCUCUGAGCUAGAAAUGGAGGAGGAUGAGGAGGAGGAACCAAGAGUGGCGGCAGGGGGAGGACGAGCGUCAUCUCAGCUGGUACCGCAGACCCCAGACCAGGAGGCAUUUCUGAAGGAGCACUUUGGGACUCUGGCCGACCUCAACGCCUCAGGAAGUCCAAGCCGAGGGUCUCACAGCUCCUCAGAAAGUCUCAGCAUCUCCUCUAGGUUUUUGUCCCAGAAUCCACCAGGAAGUCGAGCUGUGGUUCCUCUUCCGUGUCGGACCGCCGGAGGGGGGUCAGAGGUCAAAGCUCGGCCCCUGGUCUCCGAGGUCCGGCCUCUGAUGGAGCAGAAACAGAAUGAGGACCGGCAGCAGGGUACAGGGCAGAUCCAGAACCAUGUGGAUCAGGAAGAAGCCCCCCAGGUCCCCCGUCCCUCCUCCCUGAAGAAAAAGAUCCACGAGUCCAAGAGGAGCCAGGGUCCGACAGCCAGAGCCGCCGCCAUGCACCUGAACUCCUCAAGUGGACUCAGGAAGACCCAGUCAGUCCAGAGCCUGCUGAUGGAGACCAGUGACUCCGCCUCCCAAACAUCCAGAGACCACCCUCCUCAGAUGCUCCUCCUCCCUCAACGUCCUACCACCCUACCCUCCUCUCCCAGACGUCUCCUAACCGCAGCCCCGCCUCCUGGGAAACCUAGCCCCGCCUCCCUGAGGUCCCCUCACCAAGAGGUCACCACUCCCUCUGUCCUCAGCUACGCCCCCUCCUCAGCCCCCCCCCCCUCUGUCCUCAUGACACCUAGGAAGUCUUCCUCUUUGUCCUCGACGCUGUCUCGGUCCUACAUGAGUCCGACCGCCUCCUCCAUGGCCAAGAUGUCGCGCUCUGUUUCCGUGGGCGACGGUCUCAAUGACCCCCCCGCUGACGAACCCCUUCCUGCUCCUCCUCCUCCUCCUGUCGCUGUGGUGACCUCAAACACAGCCGCUGUCGUCCCCGUUGUUGUCUCUCCUUCCUCCUCCGCAGCUUUGACUCACGGGAACCAUGGUAACCAGGCAGGUCGGGUCCUCCAGGCUCGCGUUCCCGGCAGCAGCAGGCCGCUUCCUGACAAACCCACACUUGCCUCCUUCUCGCCCUCCGCCAGAACCAAUGGUGCUGCCACUGCUGCCGGGUUGUCUUCAUCCUCCUCUUCAUCAUCUACGACGACUCAUCCUCCUCCAGUGUCUGUCUCCCCUCUGACCCCACCCCCAAAGGAGGAGGAGCCUCAGACUCCUGCAGGCAGCGGUGUGGACGACUCAGCUGUGACCGUCACCAUGGAGACCUGCAGGGCUCUGACCAAUGAGCUGCAGAACUGCUUCAGGAGAGCGACUCACCUGUACAGGAAGGUCAGCGCCGCCUCUGCCGACGACUCUGCCCCCGACCGGCAUCAGAUGGCCGUUGUCCUAUCUGAGGCCUUCCAGGCCAUGAGGGUGGAGCUGGACUCGCUGCCGCUCGGUGCCCCGGGCAUGCUGGGAGUGGAAGGGGGUUUGGGGGGGUUGGGGGAGGUGAAGAUGGCAGCGCUGUUGGAGGAGUACUCACUGCUCCUCCUACAGGCCGUCCAGAGGAGGCUCCCUGGCCCGACCAAUUAGAGACCAGAGCAUCCACCGAGGAUUGACCAAUCACAGACUAUUUGACCCUCUGUCACCACCUGACUCUCUGUUCAGUUCCAUCCUGAUCUGGAAUCAGCUGUUUGGAGACCAGAAGAUCAGAACCAAACUAAACUGAACUAAACCAAUCUAAACUAAACCAAACUGAACCAAUCUAAACCGAUCUAAACUAAACCAAUCUAAAUUAAACUGAUCUAAAAUGAUCUAAACUGAACUAAAAUGACCAACACUAAGUGAAGCAGCAGUGGUUGUCGAGGAGUCGCCCUCAACACACAA